AUGGCGGCGGCGGCGGCCGCUGCGGCCGUCGGGGGGCCGCAGCCGCCCCAACCCGAGCUGCCCGCGCCUGGGCUGGCCCUGGACAAGGCGGCCACUGCGGCGCACCUGAAGGCGGCCCUCAGCCGGCCGGACAACAGGGCAGGUGCUGAGGAGCUACAGGCGCUGCUGGAGCGGGUGCUGAGCGCCGAGCGGCCGCUGACCACGACUGCGGACGGCGAGGAGGCGGCGGUAGCCGGCGGCGGGGGCGGUCCGGGGGCGGCCGAGGAGGAGGCCCUGGAGUGGUGUAAGUGCCUUCUGGCGGGCGGCGGAGGCUACGACGAGUUCUGCGCGGCGGUGCGGGCCUACGACCCCGCGGCGCUCUGCGGCCUGGUCUGGACAGCCAACUUCGUGGCCUACCGCUGCCGGACGUGCGGCAUCUCCCCCUGCAUGUCGCUGUGCGCGGAGUGCUUCCACCAGGGCGACCACACCGGACACGACUUCAAUAUGUUCCGCAGCCAGGCUGGGGGUGCCUGUGACUGCGGGGACAGCAACGUGAUGCGGGAGAGUGGGUUUUGCAAAAGGCAUCAAAUUAAAUCAAGUUCAAAUAUUCCCUGUGUCCCCAAAGACUUAUUGAUGAUGUCUGAAUUUGUUCUUCCAAGAUUUAUUUUUUGUCUUAUUCAGUACUUAAGAGAAGGCUAUAAUGAACCAGCUGAUGUACCGUCAGAAAAAGACCUUAACAAAGUCCUUCAGCUUUUGGAACCUCAAAUUUCCUUUUUAGAAGAUCUAACUAAAAUGGGAGGAGCAAUGCGGUCUGUUCUUACUCAGGUUUUGACAAACCAACAAAACUACAAAGAUCUGACUUCUGGUCUUGGAGAAAAUGCUUGUGCAAAGAAAAGUCAUGAAAAGUACCUUAUAGCUUUGAAGAGCUCUGGACUUACAUAUCCCGAGGAUAAACUUGUAUAUGGUAUACAGGAGCCAUCAGCUGGCACUAGCACUCUGGCAGCUCAAGGUUUUGCAGGUGCUACAGGAACAUUGGGACAGCUAGAUUCCUCAGAUGAGGAGGAUCAGGAUGGGAGUCAAGGACUGGGCAAGAGAAAGAGGGUCAAACUAAGCAGUAGCACCAAAGAUCAAUCUAUAAUGGAUGUUUUGAAACAUAAAAGUUUUCUAGAAGAACUGUUGUUUUGGACUAUAAAGUAUGAAUUCCCUCAGAAGAUGGUAACUUUCUUACUCAACAUGCUUCCAGAUCAAGAGUAUAAGGUUGCUUUUACAAAAACUUUCGUUCAGCAUUAUGCUUUCAUUAUGAAAACACUGAAGAAAAGUCAUGAAUCAGACACAAUGUCUAACAGAAUUGUGCAUAUUAGUGUUCAGUUGUUCAGCAAUGAAGAGCUAGCCAGACAGGUAACAGAAGAAUGUCAGCUGCUGGAUAUUAUGGUCACUGUGCUAUUAUACAUGAUGGAAAGUUGCCUUAUUAAAAGUGAGCUACAAGAUGAAGAAAAUAGUUUACAUGUGGUAGUGAACUGUGGAGAAGCAUUACUGAAGAAUAACACUUAUUGGCCUCUUGUCAGUGAUUUUAUUAAUAUCCUUUCUCAUCAAAGUGUGGCUAAGAGAUUUUUGGAGGACCAUGGUUUGUUAGUUACAUGGAUGAACUUUGUAUCUUUCUUUCAAGGUAUGAACUUAAACAAGCGAGAACUAAAUGAGCAUGUGGAAUUUGAGUCUCAGACCUACUAUGCUGCCUUUGCUGCUGAACUUGAGGCCUGUGCACAGCCAAUGUGGGGGCUCUUAUCCCACUGUAAAGUUAGGGAAACUCAAGAAUACACCAGAAAUGUUGUUAGAUAUUGCCUUGAAGCUCUUCAAGACUGGUUUGAUGCUAUUAACUUCGUAGAUGAGCCAGCACCUAACCAAGUCACUUUUCAUCUGCCCCUUCAUCGUUACUAUGCUAUGUUUUUGAGUAAGGCUGUGAAAUGUCAAGAACUAGAUUUGGAUUCUGUUUUACCUGAUCAGGAAAUGUUAAUGAAACUAAUGAUUCACCCACUCCAAAUUCAAGCAAGUCUUGCUGAAAUCCACAGCAAUAUGUGGGUAAGAAAUGGUCUACAAAUCAAAGGACAAGCUAUGACCUAUGUCCAGUCUCAUUUCUGUAAUUCCAUGAUUGACCCUGACAUUUACUUACUACAGGUUUGUGCUUCUAGACUUGACCCGGAUUAUUUUAUUUCAUCUGUCUUUGAAAGAUUUAAGGUAGUGGAUUUGUUGACAAUGGCAUCACAACAUCAAAACACAGUACUUGAUGCAGAGCAUGAGAGAUCGAUGUUAGAAGGCGCUCUUACAUUUCUUGUGAUUCUUUUAAGUCUUCGUUUACAUUUAGGGAUGUCUGAUGAUGAGAUUCUCAGAGCAGAGAUGGUAGCCCAGUUGUGUAUGAAUGACAGGACACAUAGUUCAUUGCUGGACCUUAUUCCAGAAAAUCCAAAUCCCAAAAGUGGCAUUAUUCCAGGCAGUUAUAGCUUUGAAUCAGUUUUAUCAGCUGUAGCUGAUUUUAAGGCUCCCGUUUUUGAACCUGGAGGUUCUAUGCAGCAAGGCAUGUAUACUCCUAAAGCUGAAGUCUGGGAUCAGGAAUUUGACCCUGUCAUGGUCAUUCUUCGAACAGUUUACCGUAGAGAUGUGCAGUCUGCAAUGGACAGAUACACAGCAUUUUUAAAACAGAGUGGGAAAUUCCCUGGAAAUCCUUGGCCUCCCUAUAAGAAAAGGACGCCACUCCAUCCCAGCUAUAAAGGUCUCAUGAGACUUUUGCACUGUAAAACUUUACACAUUGUGCUAUUCACUCUGCUUUACAAGAUUUUGAUGGAUCAUCAAAAUCUGUCAGAACACGUACUCUGCAUGGUUUUGUAUCUGAUUGAAUUAGGACUUGAAAAUUCAGCUGAAGAGGAAUCAGAUGAAGAGGCAUCAGUGUGUGGACCAGAACGUUGUCAUGACAGUUGGUUUCCUGGCAGUAACUUAGUGUCAAACAUGCGACACUUUAUAAACUAUGUUAGGGUGAGAGUUCCAGAGACUGCUCCGGAAGUGAAGAGAGACUCACUUGCAAGUACCAGCUCUGACAGCUUGAGUUCUUUACAAAAUUCUGGUACAGCUCAAGUUUUCAGCUUAGUAGCAGAGCGUAGAAAGAAGUUUCAAGAGAUCAUCAAUCGCAGUAGCAGUGAAGCAAAUCAGGUGGUUCGUCCCAAAACUUCAAGUAAAUGGUCUGCUCCUGGUUCAGCUCCACAGUUAACUACAGCCAUUUUGGAAAUUAAAGAAAGCAUAUUGUCUUUGUUAAUUAAACUUCAUCACAAACUCUCAGGGAAACAAAACUCCUACUAUCCUCCUUGGCUUGAUGACAUAGAAAUUUUAAUCCAACCAGAAAUUCCUAAAUAUAAUCAUGGAGAUGGUAUAACUGCAGUAGAAAGAAUUUUAUUAAAAGCUGCAUUGCAAAGCAGAAUGAACAAACGCAUCAUUGAAGAGAUAUGUAGAAAAGUGACCCCUCCUGUACCACCCAAAAAAAUCACUGCAGCAGAGAAGAAAACAUUGGACAAAGAAGAAAGGCGACAAAAGGCUAGAGAGAGGCAGCAGAAAUUGCUUGCAGAGUUUGCUUCACGACAGAAAAGCUUCAUGGAAACCGCAAUGGAUGUUGAUUCUCCUGAGAAUGAUAUUCCUAUGGAGAUCACAACAGCAGAACCACAAGUUUCUGAAGCAGUAUAUGAUUGUGUUAUUUGUGGACAGAGUGGCCCCUCCUCUGAAGACCGACCUACAGGAUUGGUUGUACUGUUACAAGCAUCCUCAGUUUUGGGGCAGUGCCGUGACAACAUUGAGCCAAAAAAAUUGCCUAUCACUGAAGAGGAGCAGAUUUACCCUUGGGAUACAUGUGCAGCAGUUCAUGAUGUGAGACUUUCAUUAUUACAGCGUUAUUUUAAGGAUAGUUCUUGUCUCUUGGCAGUAUCAAUUGGCUGGGAAGGAGGUGUUUAUGUACAAACCUGUGGCCACACAUUACAUAUAGAUUGUCAUAAAUCUUACAUGGAAUCAUUACGGAAUGACCAGGUUCUUCAGGGCUUCUCAGUGGACAAAGGAGAAUUCACGUGUCCUCUCUGUAGGCAGUUUGCUAACAGUGUUCUUCCUUGUUAUCCUGGGAGCAGUGUGGAAAGUAACCUUUGGCAACGUCCUAGUAACAAAAGCAUACAAGAUCUCAUAAAGGAAGUGGAAGAGCUGCAGGGACGGCCAGGAGCUUUCCCAGUAAGCAUCAGUUCAGAAACCAACUUAAGUAAAGAAAUGGAAUCUGUAAUGAAAGAUAUCAAAAAUACCACUCAGAAAAAAUAUAGAGACUAUAGCAAGACCCCAGGUUCACCAGACAAUGAUUUUCUCUUUAUGUAUUCUGUUGCUAGAACCAAUUUGGAGCUUGAAUUAAUUCAUCGGGGAGGCAAUUUGUGUUCAGGUGGUGCAAGCACAGCUGGCAAAAGGUCUUGCUUAA